AUGCCUGGCUUGUCUAGGCCGAAUGGAUACGGACAUAAGAAUGUGUACGUUAAGACUAGCUCCGACAUCGAUGGCUUAAUCAGCAAUGCCCUAGUCAGCGUGAGCCAAGCUCAGGCUCGCUCAGUUGGGCUCACUCGCGAUGUGGGGCUAGCUCAGGUGGUACUCAGGCGUGUGGGCGAGGGAAGCAUUUGCAGUGGCUCCGACACCUUGUGUCACAGUGUCCUCCGAGGCCGUGAGGGCUCCGGAAGCCUGCAGGGCCACCACACGGAGUACUGUGACCCUCAUCCUCGACAAGCAUCAUCGUCACCGGCACCUCGACUGUCUACAGCGGCGGCACACCCACAGCCCGGCGGCACGACCACGAGCGCCCAUCGUCGCGGGUCCCCGUCCCGACCCGUGCCCGGCUGCUACCAGCAGGUACAAGGCUACCCACCGCGGUUCGCUGCGGAGCAAUGCAUUCGUACCUGA